AUGUCGUUACUGUCUCAUAAAAAGGUGGAGAAACUUGCAAGACAAGCGACUAUGGAGUCAGCUUCGUUGCGCACACUGCACCCGGGUGGUGGAAGUGUCAACCAGCUAGGGGGGAUGUUUCUCAACGGCAGACCUCUCCCAGAAUCCAAGAGGAGGAAAAUGAUUGAACUGGCCUCGGAGGGAGUCCGCCCAAGCCAGAUAUCAAAGAUACUUCGGGUGUCCAGCGGGUGCGUCAGUAAGAUCCUGAGCCGCUACCGACGCACAGGACUCCUGGUGCCCAAAACCAUUGGAGGGAGCCGACCUCGACUUCUCACCCCCGGCGUCAUUUCUACAAUCAUUCAGUACAAAAGAGAAAAUCCAACUAUUUUCGCUUGGGAAAUUAGGAAACGUCUCACAGCAGCACGAAUCUGCAAGGCCUCCAAAGUGCCCAGCGUGUCGUCUAUAAAUCGGAUUCUAAGAAAGAUCCACUUUGUACAUGGACCAUUGUGCAUGGAGAUCAAUGCGCACAUCGCAACGGAGCAGGGUUUUGACGCCAUGGUUCAAGAAGAAGUCACUGUAUGCAGUGAUGACAAGAAGCGUAAAGGUGUCCAGCACCGAAACCGAACUACUUUCACCCCAGAGCAGAGCAGAGCACUGGAGCAAGAAUUUUCUCACAGCCAGUAUGCAGAUAUGUACACAAGAGAGAAACUGUCAGCUGCUAUCAGACUUCCUGAGGACACCAUCAAGGUCUGGUUCUCAAACAGACGGGCCAAGUGGAGGAGGGAAGCCAAACAAAGAAGUAGCACACAAAGUAUUGGCAAUUCUGAGCGCCUGACAUCUAUCUCUAUGCCAUCCUCAUUCCGCCAUCAGCCAAGUAACAUAAUGACCAUGACCGAGAAGACGCCACUGACUCUCCACACAGAGAGAAUCAGUUUCCCACUGGUUCAGCAUCCCACAGACAUAAGGACGUGCCUUCCUUUGGCAACAGAGACAAUAAGAACAGACUGCCCUGUGACCCACUGCUGGAACCAGCAGGGCUUUUCUUUCUCUUUGAGCCAGUAUCAGACAGAAGAAAGGUUGUUUGGCCAAGCCUGGGAUGUGAAUCCACAUCGCUACCUCGACUGA